AUGUCUUCAAAACAACAGUCUCCUCGACAGUCACAAACUGCAUCACCUGUACCACAACAACCAGCACCGCGGUCAUUAAUUGCUUCAAAGGUUUCAUUUGGUAUCGAUGAAACAAAAUUAUUGAGAGAUUUAGAACACAAUUAUCUAGGUAUUGAGAAAAUUUCUCGAGUUCAUGAUAGAGAUGGAAAACCUCUUGGAUCCAUUCGAAUUGAUUUUAAAUCAGAAAAUUUUGCUAAAUCAAUUCUUGGUCAAAACUAUAUUCUCAUUGAUGGUAGUCGAUGUCCUGUUCGCCCUUAUUGGGCACCAAUCUGCCAUCGAUGCCAUAAAGAAGGACAUCAUGUUUCUGAAUGUCCACAAAGACCAUUGACUGAACAACGUCUUAAGGAAUUGUUUAAUCAUCAACAAAUGCAACUUGAAUCAAUGAUUAGUUCAUUUGAGAAUAAAUGGAAUGCACGUUUAUCUUCAAUUACAGCUCCAUCAAAAAAUGCUAAUGUUGAUCAAUUAGUACCGAUUUUCAAAGAAUUAACAACAGUUUGUCAACAAUUUAAUCAACAAAAUGUUCAGAUACAACAACAACUUGGUACUGUUGUUAAUCGAAUCCGUGAUGUACAAAUGAACUUGACAAAUGAACAAACUCGAACACAAUUACCAUUACAAAAUGGACAUCAAAUAUAA